AUGAAAAAACAAACUCCUACGUGGCAUAUAAAAAUCGCAUGGAUUGGAAUAGUUCCCAGAUAUUCUGCAGUUGGAGAAAAAAUUGAAAGAGAAUGGGAUUCAACAGAAUUUCACUUUGCGGUGGAGAAAAGCAGCCAAUGGAAAAACCUUCAACAAAGAGAGUUGUCCAAAUCCCUAAGAAACAGUGAAGAAGUCGUGUUCGUGACUGAGUUUAACCUAUCUUACGCCCCUUGA